AUGAGUGUUGAGAUGGAUUACUUAGAAUGGAAUAUAUCAUAUCCAGCCCUGACGUUAUGUCCAAUAAUAAAAAUAAAUUUGACAACAUUUAAUAAUUUAGUGAGAGAUCUGUCUAACAAAACGGGAAUGUAUCUAGAGUCAUAUGUGUGGGCUAUUGCAACAGCUUCUGUGUUAAAUUUAAAUACUCUAGCUUUAAUAGAUCCCGGUAAUACAAACCCAAUAAAUCCUGAAGACUAUGCUAAAACAGCUGCUAUGUUGUUCAAUCAAUUUGACAAACAUUCUCUGACUACAAACUUUAACUAUUCUCUUUCUAUACAAUCUGCUAUGACUGAAUUUGGGAUGUGUCAUGUCAUUAAUUCUAAUGUUGCCGUAUUCGAUGAUCCACUCAAAUGGAAAAAUAACAAUGUAAAUUAUGUUAAAAGUAACGUCGAGUUGUCGGCAUUUGAUGCAGAUUUCUACGCCGAUAUUAUCAACGACGAUGUUGUAUCUCAUGUUUACGUACACAGUCCGAAUGAGCCAAUGAUAAGCACCUUUCCAUCAUACACCGUGGACUCGGAUGGCUUUAUGACGUACGGCUUUCAAAUAUGGAGUACAAAAAUCUCAAAGGAGCUGCGAUCUGCUUCAAUACAAGUCCGACAAUGCAGAUUUAUCGACGAGCCUAUAAGUACAAGGUAUCCCGUGUAUUCAUACAAUAAUUGCUUACUGGAAUGUCGUAUUCAGUUAAUUUUAAAGCUAUGCGGUUGUGUUCCUCAUUUUUAUAAGAUCACAGGAAAUGAACGCACGUGUAAACUAUCCGAGCUUACAUGUUUCUUUCAUAACAGAAAAGAGAUCAUGGCACUAUCCGUAUCGAAUGAGACUUUGACGAAAUUUUCUUCAAGAGCACACUUGCCUAGAACUCCUAAAGACUGCUCUUGUUUAAGUAACUGUGAGACGGAUAUUUAUCGUAAAGAUCGCGAGGAAUACACACCUGAGCCGUCUGCUAGUAGAGUGAGAAUUAUUUUCACUGCGUUCCCGAAAAUGAGAAUUGUAAGAGAUAGGAUCUUCAGUUUUUCUGAUAUGUUCUUGAGAAGUGGUGGUGUGGUGAACACAUGUAUUGGAGCCUCCGUCAUGUCAAUAAUGGAAUUGAUUUUAGAUAUAUUUAGAUAUCCAAUAUACUAUCUUACGCAAAUUACAAUCAGUUUAAUU